UAUUUGUUGUCCUUUUUUUCAAUAGGAAACUAUUUGAUGAACUGGGAAAUAUUAAAAUAUCUGAAAACAUUUAUAAACUAUCUACAACGCAUAUUUCGUAUCAUUUCAGUUUUAGAAAGCAUUUUAAAAUCUCAAUGUCUCAUUUAUGUAGCAACUCACUUUAGACCUGCCGACCAUCAAUUAAAAAAAGGUUUCGUGGCGUGGCCUGAAAGAGGACCGAUGGUGCCACCGGAGGAAGACAGCCUUCCACAAAGAAGACGACGUUUAAGGAAUGAAAACGGUCCUAUACGGAACGAAAACCUUAUACAAAGCAAAUUGGAUAGGGUGCAGGGUACUCAAGUGCCAUAUUCAGAACUAAAAGAUUUGAGAAAACUUGCCAGCGAGAGCUUCUUUUUGACGUCUGUUAAGAAUAGUUUUAUACUGCUAACUAAUCUAUUUUUGGGUUCACCCCAGUUUACUGAAGAGCAGCUUGAAGCACUUCAUAGAUAUAGAAACUUUGGGGAAGACCACUCGCUGUUGUAUCGCUAUGUCUUUUCUCACUUAUACAACACGACAGUACAUUUGCUUCCAAGAUGGUUGGCUCCAAACCUUAUCACUUUUAUUGGGCUCCUUUUUGCUUUAUUUUCUCACGGAGUUGUUUUAUAUUAUUGUGCUGACUUUGACUGUGAUGCCCCGAGGGUUGUAUACCUUUUUGCUUCAGCCUCGCUUUUCAUUUAUAUGCUAUUGGACAACCUAGACGGUAGACAGGCUCGAAGAACAAAUAGUUCGAGUCCUCUAGGACACUUAUUUGAUCAUGGCUGUGAUGCUCUGAAUGUUACAGUGUCAGGUCUAACAUUUGCUGCGGUAGUAAGGCUAGGUCGUUCGCUCUGGGCAGUUUUUAUCAUUUGGGUCUAUGGAAUGCUUCCUUUCUUUUUUGCUACUUUAGAGGAGUAUUUUACGGGUGCUCUAGUUCUCCGCCAAUUUAAUGGUCCCAAUGAAGGCUUAAUUCUUAUGCAGCUAUUUUAUUUGUUGACGGCUUUGAAUGGAAGUGGUUUUUGGAAACGAAGAAUUUUCAUAUUUUCCAUCUCCUUUCCCAUAGAAUGGAACAAGUUUUUGAUUCUUCUCGCUGUUCCGCUUUGUAUUCCAACAGUGAUAGGCAACUACCGUGAAAUCUGGAGAGAUGCGACUAUCAAAGGCAAAAAUGUCAAUCAAGUCAAAUUUCGUUCCAUUUUACAUAGCUUGCCAUUCGUUUUAUUUAGUAUUUGUACAUUUUCGUGGAUCGCGUAUUCUCCUAUUCUUUACAGCCAUUUGAUUUUGUUUAUGUGGACUUGUGGCUCAGUUUUUUUUGCUCUCGUGACUCGAUUAAUUGUUGCACACCUGACAGACUCAGAAUAUAAGAGCGUUUUCUUUAUCGAGGCCCCGUUGAUAUUAGGUGCGAUAAACAGUAUAUGGGGUUAUCUAUUUAAGAAACAAAUGUUUUCGGACGUUGUUGUUUUGUUUGCAGCCUUUUUGUUCUGUUUGCUAAUGAAUGGAAUACGCGUCUGUCAAAUUGUCGGUGAAAUUACUCAUUCUUUAGGCAUUUAUUGUUUUUCGUUGAAGAAGCCUAGAUCUCUUCAAACAAGAGAAAAGGAAUAUUUUUCUGAAUUUUGUUGGCUGGAUUUGGCUCUAGGUUUCCAGAAAUAUAAAAGGAGAACAAUAGGUUUUGGGAGUUUUGACAAAAGGGAACGUUGUUGGGACGACGAAAUUCACUUGCGCGAGCUGAGUUUUACUCAAGGCGGUGUUGGUUGUGCAGUUUGGGAUGCCUCCAUUCUUCUUUGUCAGUGGUUAUAUUCUCAAGGGAGAAGCAAACUGCAAGAUAAAAGAGUUCUGGAACUUGGCUCUGGAACUGGCGGUCCUGGAAUCAUAGGUGCACGCUUUGCCAGAGAAAUCUAUCUUACUGACUAUACUAAAGAAAUUGUUGAGAACCUUCGGUAUAAUCUUUGGCUAAACUGCGAAGAUCUUGAAAGCAAAGGACGGCAGGAUAUGAAGCUCAAGUUAUCCUCGAGUGCGAAAGUAGAACAUUUAGACUGGAACUUCCCUGAACAAAGUAGAAUUGCGGGCAACUUUGACGUGAUAAUAGGAAGUGAACUAACAUAUUGUGAAUUUCACGUAUUGCCUUUGUUAAAAACAGUCGAGUUCUUUAUGAAACCAAACGGAGUCUUUUAUGAGGUUUUGGGUGAAAGUCGUGCUGGAGUUGAUUUCUUCGUUCAAGAAUCUCUUGCGAGAGGUUUUCUGGUUGAAAAGUUUCCUUUAUCUAUAGACCCCGCUAAAUACUGUAAAACGAACCAACGCAGUGGAGAAAGAGAUGGAACUUCGGUGAAGGAAGUUUAUUUGCGUGUUCUGGAGACAACUAUUGAAGCAGCAAGACAAGAGUUUGAAAAAAGCGCUUUACACUACACUGCUUCAGCAGGUCUGAAGGAACUUCGCUCUCUUUGGGAAAGUAAGCUUACAGCGUCGGAGCAUGAGCUGGACUUUCCUGUAGAGUUCUUCUGCAGCAACCCUGCCGCUGUCUUACGAAACCAGUCUUCUUUGCAAAGUUAUACGACAAGUUUACCACAAUAUGGUGUGCCUCAGUAUCCGUGGGGUUCGUCAACCUUUACUUCGGGAGCCUUGGGGUACGAAAGACGUGCACCAGUUUCAGGUGAGCUUCAGUCCUUAUGGAAUCUUCAGAGAUACGCUGGGGAACCAAGCUUUACGUCAAUACAAGACGAGAGUGGCCCCAUAAGGUCACGUAAAGAUUUGAGUGAGUUUGUACAACGAGGACGAGCAAAGGACACAGAAUCUAUCACCAUGGUUUCAAAUGAACCAACCUCUUCAUUCACUACUGUGAGAUCGUCAAAGAGAGGAGAAGAUAAAAGAAGUUUUUCACCUCGACAAACAAAUUCUUUGCGUAAGGGUUAUAUUGCGGAUACAAGCUCUAAUAAGCGGGCUCGUGUGGAAAAACAGGAAAGGUCACCCAAGGAAGAGGAUAUCAAAAAGGAUCUCAAGUCAGAAGAAAGUUUAGAUAGCGAGCUUUCCGGUAGUGACACGGAGCUGGUCGAUUCGGUAGAUAAUGAGGAAGAACCAGAUAACUAUAUUCUUGCACAGCAUGAACGAAUUCGAAAAGACAAUAAGCGAGGCAAGUGGAAGAUUCCGCUUCUUCACGGCGUUGCGCAUAUUUUGGGUCAUGAAUAUCUAUUUAAAAGCUGUAGCGGGGAACUUUUGUGGUGAGAAUUUCAAAAGAAUGGCUGUAUUUUUGAA